AUGGCUUACUCUUCGCCGUGCCUUCUUUCCGAGAUUCUCAAUCUCUAUCCAAAAGAGGAUAAUCAUUGUGUUGGCUAUGCCCAUACGAAGGGACGUCAAUGCAGAAAUGUAAUAAAUAAGGAAAACCGUAACUACGCCUGUGGUCUCCUUGAACGAUGCACUAGGCGGUUUUGUGCGGGACAGCGCAUAGAUAAUUUGCUCGACGAACUGGCACCCCUGGUCCUUUGCAAGAGGUUCCACCAAUAUCAAGCUUCGGAUCUAUCUUCGAAUUGGCGGUUACAAAUCUGCAAAUUUCAAGCCACCCAAAUCAGGGUUGCUGCUGCUGCUUCCCCAGCACGGCGCUCUGCCCCUGUCGAGGACCGGAUGGCCCAAAGGCAUAUGCGGCCAGAGACUCCAAGAAUGACUCGCUCGCGAGAAACUUCCAGUGACCAACAGAGCCGUCAAAGCCAAUCUAGCUCGUCUCCAUCACAGACCCAGCGACGGAGAGAAUCUCCAAGCAUCAGGCCCCGCACGGGAGCAAGCAUCGACACAGACAGGACGGCGCGGAUCUCGACUGACCAGGAAGAAUCGACUUCGACUGUCAGCAGCCGACAAAGGUUCAGUGAGACCACAUCAGCCAUAGAAACAGAGUCUGGCAGCACUCGAAACACCUCAACUGCCUCAACAACCACGCAUGCCACGAGAUCCGUCACUCCCGUCCAGACCCUGACUACCCGACGAUGCGUGGAAGGGAAUUGUAGUAUCUGUAUGCAAUCAAUGCAGGAACAAGGCCAAUCUCAUAUCAACCAACCGUCCACCGGAAAUGAAGAAGACGAAGAAGAAGACCGGGAAGUCUGGUACGAAACGAACUCUGAUACCCCAGAUCCAGACAGCGAAGCGUCCUCAGAGUCGGAACAGCAAGAUGACAUACCAGAUGAUGACGAGCACAACAAAGAGCUGAACAAGAUAUGA